AUGGAAUGCAGAGACGGGCGAACCGCUGGACCCGCGCUCAAGGACACAAUGCGGACCACCUCUCUGUCCUUCUCGCCAGAUGGUCACAAGAUCGUUUCUGGAUCCUGGGACAAGACGGUGCGGUAUGGAAUGCAGAGACGGGCGAACCGCUUGGACCCGCGCUCGAGGACAUACCAAUGCGGUCUGGUCUGUCGCCUUCUCGCCAGACGGUCACAAGAUCGUUUCUGGAUCCAGGACAAGACGGUGCAGGUAUGGAAUGCAGAGACGGGCGAACCGCUUGGACCCGCGCUCGAGGACAUACCGAUGCGGUCUCCUCUGUUGCCUUCUCGCCAGACGGUCACAAGAUCGUUUCUGGAUCCUGAGACAAGACAGUGCG